CUGUGGGCAGUUAGUGCUGAGGUACCUGGCUGAGCAGGGGAGGGGAGUCUGGCACGCCAGCCAGGGUGGAGUCUGGCGGAGGAGAAGUGCGCAGAGGAUGGGAGCUGCACAGCCUGUGGUGAGAAAUAGGCUGUAGACUUUAAAAUGUCCUCCUUGGCAAAUGACUGCUCCCAUCUAGAGUCCGUGGGCGAAGUGACCAAAGAAGAACUCAUUCAGAAAUCGCACGGCAGCUGUCGGGACUGCAAAGUCAGGGGACCAAACCUCUGGGCUUGUUUAGAGAAUGGCUGCUCCUACAUUGGGUGCGGGGAGUCUCACGUUGACCACAGUACAACACAUUCUCAGGACACCAAGCACUGCCUCACUGUGAACCUUACCACCCUCCGCGUCUGGUGCUACACGUGCAGCAAGGAAGUGUUUCUGGAUCGGAAGCUGAGCGCUCCGUCCGCCAGCGCGAAACCUCAGGACAGCGCCGCGCAGGAUUCAAGGAUGACCUCAAACCUGACUUUAAAAACUCCACCAGCUGUGGUUUAUGAGAACCUAGACAUUGAACUGGAAGAGGAGGACGAGCUGAAAACGAGAGGGCUAACGGGACUUAAAAAUAUUGGAAAUACGUGUUAUAUGAACGCGGCUCUACAAGCGUUAUCCAACUGUCCUCCCCUCACGCAUUUCUUCCUGGACUGCGGUGGCCUGGCGCGUACCGACAAGAAGCCCGCUCUCUGCAAAAGCUACCAGAAGCUGAUGACUGAAAUCUGGCACAAGACCAGGCCUGGUUCUGUUGUACCUACUAAUUUGUUCCAAGGCAUAAAGGCAGUAAACCCAACGUUCCGGGGCUAUUCCCAACAGGACGCUCAGGAAUUCCUGCGUUGUUUGAUGGACAUAUUGCACGAAGAGCUUAAGGAGCAAGUCAUUGAGACAGAAGAGUACCCACAGCCAGGCAUGCUAGAGGAGAUCAUGGAGGAGGACCGGAACCUUUCAGACAGUGACUUUCAGUCAUGCGAGUCAGGGUCCAGUAGUGAUCACGCUGAAAGUGAAAGUCGGAAAUUGUCAGAGGAACUCUCAGAAUCCACCAUGCUAAUCCAAGAGGACCAGAAAGAUCAGGAGCCUCUGAAGGCCUGGCAGAAGGAGAAGAUGAUCUCCAGCCACUUGAGUCAGAACAAUUGCCUGCAGGAUCUGGAGAAGAACCUGGAGAAAUUGGUGGAGGAGGGCGAUUUUAGCUCUCAAGGAACCGUGAAGGUUCAGAUACAGAGCCGGAUGUCAGACUAUGCCACAGAAGUCAACAUGAGUGACCUGUCUGCUUCUCAAACACCCUUACUUAGUGAUGGCUCAACGGCCCACCUGUCCAGCAGCCCACCCAAACCUGGAGCACUUUGGACAACUCACAAAAAAGAUUCCUUGCCUCUAGGAAGCAGACAGCCCAUCCGUGGCACCAGAGUCUGGACUGCAUCAACCGUUCCAACCGUAUGUCUCCCUAAGAAGAAGAGGCACAAGAAGCAUCGCAGUGUGAUAUCAGACGUGUUUGACGGCACCAUUCUAAGCUCCGUACAGUGUCUUACAUGUGAUAGAGUAAGUAAUCACCCCGCCAGCUGUGCUGUACGGUAUUCAGGGGAAGCUUGUUCAUGUAGUGCAGUCAGUGGCCGCCAAGCUUCUCAAAGCGCUUUCAGCCUGGGUCUUCUUUGUGAUAACAUGUACAGCUGUGAGAAGUGCAAAAAGUUAAGAAAUGGUGUCAAGUUCUGUAAAGUGCAGAAGUUUCCAGAGAUACUGAGCAUACACCUGAAGCGCUUCAGACACGAGCUUAUGUUCUCCACCAAAAUCGGGACCCACGUGUCUUUCCCGCUGGAGGGCUUGGACCUGCAGCCGUUCCUUGCAAAGGAUAGUCCCGGCCAGAUUGUGACUUAUGACCUUCUAUCUGUGAUCUGCCACCACGGGACAGCCAGCAGCGGCCACUACAUCGCGUAUUGCCGCAAUAACCUAAACAACCUCUGGUAUGAAUUUGAUGACCAGACUGUGACAGAAGUGAGCGAGGUGACCGUGCAGAACGCAGAGGCCUACGUGCUUUUCUAUAGGAAAUCCAGUGAAGACGCUCAGAAAGAGCGGAGACGGGUGACCAGUCUGCUGAACCUGAUGGAGCCCAGUCUCCUGCAAUUCUACGUCUCUCGUCAGUGGCUCAACAAGUUUAAGACAUUUGCAGAACCUGGGCCUAUAACCAAUAAUGAUUUUCUAUGUGCGCAUGGGGGUGUUCCUCCCCGUAAGGCGGCUCUGAUAGAAGACCUGGUGGUUAUGCUGCCGCAAAACAUCUGGGAAUAUUUAUACAGCAGAUUUGGAGGAGGUCCAGCUGUCAAUCACCUCUAUGUGUGUUACACCUGCCAGACCGAGCAAGACAAGAUCGAAAAGAGGCGGAAGAUGGAACUGGAGACUUUCAUCCGGCUAAAUAAGGCUUUCCAAGAAGAGGACUCGCUAGCUGUGAUCUACUGCAUCAGCAUGCACUGGUUCCGGGAGUGGGAAGGCUUUGUGAAGGGCAAGGACGUGGAUCCUCCGGGUCCAAUCGAUAACUCAAAAAUAGGCAUCACCAAAAGUGGGCAUGUGACUCUGAGACAAGGAGCAGACUCUGGACAGAUCUCUGAAGAAACAUGGAACUUUCUCCAGUCCAUCUACGGCGGCGGGCCUGAGAUCACACUGCGGCAAAGCGUCGCAAUCACCGAAUCGGAAGCCGGCUCGUCGGAAGAGAAGAUUGACGUCGAGACGCGGAAUGUAUAAUUAUUUGCUUUAUCUGCCCUAGUGUAACAGUCAUUCGUUUUUUUGUUUUCGUCUUUAUUUUCCCCCUUACAAAUGAUUCCUUCUGUUAUAAUAUGGAAUUAGACGGCAUUUUCGGCUGUGAUCUAAAGUUUCCUAUUUAUGUUUUCUAAGAGAGCAGGUGAUAAACUGAGAGUUUUAUUUCAGGUGACCUAUGUAAAUGUUUUAAAUUUUCUUUUAAUCCUGCCAUUGUACAUGACGUGCUAAAGAAACCCUGUGGGUGGCCGCAGGGUCCACAUUCCGCGUUCGGCUCUGCGUGUAACCAGUUCCGCCAUGCCCCAAGUGACUGAAUUUGGUCAUACGAGCAUUCCCUAAACUCUUCAUGCAGAAUUGAGCCCUUCUCUCCCGCUGCGUCAGGACCUCACCUGGUCAGCCAAGUGCCACGUGUGUGCGUGUGUAUAGCCAAGGACAACUGGGAACUUUGUGGAUCACUGCACAUUUUGUGGAAGUGUGCCGUGUAACUGGGAAGGCACUUUUAAAUGUAGUGUAAUUAUCCAGUGCAUCAACAGUGCCGUCUACCCUUUAAAAUUGUAUUUUUCUAUAUAAUCAUAAGUCAGAACAGGAUUGACGGCUUAUUAAUAAGCGACACGGGCUACGUAUCCACUUUUCGGUUCUUGUCCUCCGUUGGAUCGGGAGGAAGCAAUGACCAAUAGCGAGUGGCUUUUUAUUUUGUAGUAAUUAUCUAACCACUAUUAAUGGUAUGACACUUGAGCCUGCUGUCUGCUAAAGGCUGUUUUGUGCACGGCAUGCCCUGACAUUGAAGAUUAGAAGAAAAAUCUUUUAUUUUAAUAAGAAUGGUAGUAGACGCUUGGCGAAUACAAUCACCAUUUUUGGAAAUGUGAAGAAUUCUUAGUAUAUUUAUAUAAUUGAAUUUUAUUUUUACUGUUAACUGAUAAUGUAUGAAGUGUAGACGCGGCAGGGUAAUUGCGUAAAGCACAGGUGUAGGUACAGGUUAGCCCCCGCUGCUGCAAUGUCUUUUUGUUGGUACCGUAGACCUGCGUAGAAUAAGACAGCACAGCCGUAACAGUCUGACAUGUACCUUGUAAGCACAAUGGGCCGGUCUCGGUCACAGAACACAAAGGAUCGGUGAAUGUAGAUGUUGGAGAGUAGUUUGUACUUGUCUAUUCUCUAAAUAUUAAUUUGCAAAUACCUCUUUCUUAGUAAAAACGUAGCAUUCAUUGGCCCCUGUCCUCAUAGCGGAACGCAUUUAAUGCUUCUCGUUGGCAUUUCUGCAUUGGAUGUAGGUUUAAUCUGUGCCCAUUACUGGAAUAUGAUUCACUGUGUGCAGAUGAAUCCUUUCCUUGCUCUACAUCCCGUAACUAAUUCCGUCCAAGGUUACAAUAGUCACAUUCCAAACCACCAACCUCCCCUUCACUGCCCCACAAAAGGAAAAAAACACUUAAGCAGUCCAAUAAAAGAAGACGAAAGAAGCCAAGUAACGUGCAACCCUUGGUGAGGAACAAUAAUUUGGUAUGAUGAAAAUAUAUUCAGGAAACGUACUGAAAUAAGAUAAACCAUCGCACAACACACUCACGUGGGAAAACUGAUAGAUCAGCACAGAUGAGCACUAUAACGAAUGAUAGAAUAUUCUUUGUACAGCGCUACUUCACAUGAUGGCGAUAUAAAAACAAACGAUAACAAUAAUAUAGAGUAUAAGUACCGCUUAUGGAGGACUGGUCAGCUGUCUGCAGGUUUAUACAGUGCAGUAGAGGAUUAAAUCAUAUCUCUGGAAGAGCAAUAUACCUGUACAAAUGAAAGUUUGUACGUUAUGAUAGGUAUCCGUUCACAUGGUCGACCAUGUUAUGGUCGACAGUCAUUAGGUCGACCACUAUUGGUCGACAUUGACAUGGACACAUGGUCGACACGUGAAAAUGGUCGACACAUGAAAAGGUCGACAUGAGUUUUUUUAACUUUUUUUUUUUUUUGGGGAACUUUUCCAUACUUUACGAUCCACAUGGACUACGAUUGGAAUGGUAAUCUGUGCCGAGCGAAGCGGUAGCGGAGCGAAGGCACCAUGCGAGGGGACGCGGUGCACUAAUUGGGGUUCCCAGUCACUUUACGCAAAAAACGACACCAAAAAAAGUUAAAAAACUCAUGUCGACCUUUUCAUGUGUCGACCUUUCAUGUGUCCAUGUCGACCAUGUCAAUGUCGACCAAUAGUGGUCGACCUAAUGACUGUCGACCAUAACAUGGUCGACCAUUCAUACCGGAACCCUCACGAUACCAUAGCAACACAAAUGGGGAGAAUUAAAUCAUAGUAAGACAUAUCUGUAUGACAAAUGGAUUAUCCUGGGGCCUGGGGUCUGAAAAUGCGUUUAUACGUUUUUGUCAAAUGGACUAGGUGGAGGGGCCAGAACCAGUAUAUUGAAUAGGACCCCCAUGGAUAAGUUGCUCUAGCUAAUGACAGGCACCACUCAGAAAUUUGAUUCAUUGUCCCACUUGCUGUGGAUUAUUCGUAGUUGUGGAAUUGUUGCUAUGGGUUACUGCAGUAUUGCAGUUUCUUAGUAAGUAACCUCCAAAUGUCAUCAGACAUUCCCAGCAAUUCCAAUAUACACCACAGUAUGUUCAGGAUUCUGUCCUCUGUAUAUGGUGAUCUCUGUGUUUAUAGAAGGGUAGCGUAUGGGUACAAGAAGAGCGGGUAACGUGGGAGGAUGAGGGCAGGGGGGGGAAGUAAUAGGCAGGAUGCUGACAAAGUUGUCCAACCCUAGAUUUCAGCACUGGGGAGGAAGAGACGGCUGGUGUGCCAGACACGGACAGCUCGUCUUCCUCUAGGUGGCGCCAGUGUAAUUAAGAAGUACUAGAUUUUUUUAUUUCCAUCGUUGAGACCAUGACGCUGUAUGUAUGUCUGCACUGACACUUUCACAGACUUAUACGAGGUGUGGCUAUUAAAUUACGAGACUGAUGCUAUAGUUUAUGUUUAAUUAUAUUAAGAACAUUUUAACGCCACCCCCCUUCUACACCCUCACAGCGCUGCAUUCUUAUUCUCCAUUGGUCAAAGCAGCGCUGUAGAUCAUUACCUGUCAGCUGUCGCACAGCUCCGUCAUUUUCUAUUUUACCUCAGUAACUCAUGCAAAACGUGUUCUUUUUUCUUUGUUUAUGUCUUUGAAAAUCUUUAAUAAAAACUGGUUAUACAAAAACUCAUGCAAAACGGGUUCCCUCGGGUACAGAUUUGACUUUAAGAAAGAAGUCAUGCGGUGAUAGGUCUGACAAGUGUGGAGGAUGUUCUAGCACUGCAGUCUGUUUCUCGGCCAAAAACUGAGAGAGCUGUGUGGGCUGGUGCGUUGCCCUGAUGGAGGAUGAAACCAUUUUUCCACAACUCUGGACUCUUUAUUCUAAUUUUUUCCCCCCGCACAGUUUCUAGAACACUUUUGUGGUAAUGUUGAUUUACUGUUGCGCCUUCGGGUACCCAGUCUGCCAAAAUAAUACCCUUGUUAUCAAAGAAAACAAUUAACACGGCUUUGAAAUUGGAAUUGCUUUGACGUGCUUUCUUCGUUCUCCGGUGCACGGACUGGCGUUUUGCUCAGGAUCGUACUGGAAGAUCCGCGUUUCAUCACAGACCAUAACAAAAUUGUAAAUUCGCUUGAAUUUGUUCCAAAACGUCUUUACAAAUUCGCUUUCAAAUUUCUGCUUGGUUAAGAUCUUGAUGCAAAACUUGUCUCGGUUUCUUUGUCAAUUUUUUCCACAUUUUCAUUUGUUUUUGGUGUACAAGGCCUUUCGGGACGAUCUUCAUCUACGACAUCCUCACGAACUUCACUAAAUCUUUUCUGCCACUCAAGCACGGGUGCACGUGACUUAGAGUAAGCCUUGGUUAGCAUACGGAAACAUUCAGUUGGUGUUUUGUUCAAUUUAACCAAAAAUGAUACGCUAACGCAUUGCUCUACUUUUGCACUAAGCAUUUUUACGACGCACAGGAAAAACACAACUUCUUCCACCGCUGCUGAAACGGCAAACUAUCUGUGCGAGAGGGAUGAAACUUGCAAAACUGUUUUGGGAUUGUCCAAGGUCAGUGUUACCCCUUUUAUCUCGCGCAGUAUGGUACAGUCUCCCGUUAUUUAAUAGCCACGCCUCGUAUCUAUUCUGUGGAUGACGUUAUUCCUGUUCAUCUUCCUUUUCGUUAAUAAACUAUUGUUCCAUUUUGUAUCCAGUAAUAUUUGUACAUUAUUUAAUGAACGCUUCCACUUUUUAGCUAAUUUAUAUGGAUUACGGUGGCGUGUUGCACUUUGCACCCAGUAUAACAUUUUUCUAGUUAUAAUGGUGCCCAACAAUAUCUGUUUUGUAAAUGCAUGCCCGAAUCUGGGCACAGUUUGUUGCACUAAAGGGGGCGUGCCUGGGUGCAACAGGGUCGGGGAUUAUUUUGCCCUGAUUUCACAUGUCUAAAUGUUGGGAUAUAUGAUUUAUCCUUACAUGGCUGUGCAGUGAUAAUUGCUGGUGUACAAAGACUGCAAUGGGUAUCGAAUGCUUUCAUACAGACAUAAAUACUGUGUAACACCAGAUUUACCAAUCUGCUUUUCCCACCGCAUUCUUUACUGAAAACGUCCGUUUAAUAUUUUCAUGAUAUUAGGUUCUCGCGUUUUGCAGUUUUAUAAAUGAUAUUUGGAAAUGACGGGGGAGGGCGCAUUAAAUAUAAAAAUGACCACUACAGUUACUGGAGAUACUGCAGGUUACUGGCGCUCCUUUACUGCAGGGGUUCUCAGCGCCAAUCCUCAUGUAAUCCCAGCAGAUCAUGUUUUCAGGAUUUCUGCCUGCGGACUACACAGGUAGGAUAAUUACUGACCCAGCCAAGUAGACUCACUGGGAAGGAAAUCCUGAAAACCUGAGCUGCUGUUUGUGCAUGAGAUUCGUAUUUGGGAAACUUCCUGCUGAAAAUCCCCUGGGUACUAACAAAUUGUACUUUCUGUAGCGUAACCUUCCGUUUCUGCUGCGCAAAUGCCAGUCGGUGACUGUCAGCAUGUCGUGAAUGUUUGUUUUUAAUGAUUUAUUUGCUCCUUGUAAAUCGUCAAUAAAAGAAGACAAGUUUA